CUCGGGAGCCUUCGCCGUGCGCGCCGUCGCCCGCCGUCGCCCGCCGUCGCCCGCCUCGCCCGCCUCGCGAAUAACAAAGGAUCCUGGAAAAGUUGGAGAAGAUAAAGUACAUUCAGUAUCCAGAUCAGAUUUUACAGGCCAGGAAAUGCACAAUUUCGAGGACGAGUUAACGUGUCCCAUUUGUUACAGUAUCUUUGAAGAUCCCCGUGUACUACCAUGCUCUCAUACAUUUUGUAGAAACUGUUUGGAAAAUGUUCUUCAGGCAUCUGGUAACUUUUACAUAUGGAGGCCUCUGCGAAUUCCACUCAAGUGUCCUAACUGCAGAAGUAUUAUUGAAAUUGCUUCUACUGGCAUAGAAUCCUUACCUGUAAACUUUGCAUUACGAGCAAUUAUUGAAAAGUACCAGCAAGAAGACCACCCAGAUGUUGUCACCUGCCCUGAACAUUACAGGCAACCAUUAAAUGUUUAUUGUCUACUAGAUAAGAAAUUAGUUUGUGGCCAUUGUCUUACUAUAGGCCAACAUCAUGGCCACCCUAUAGAUGACCUUCAAAGUGCCUAUCUGAAAGAAAAGGAUACACCUCAGAAGUUGUUGAAACAGUUAACCGACACACACUGGACAGAUAUCACUCGUCUUAUUGAAAAGCUUGAAGAACAGAAAUGUCAUUCUGAGAAAAUAGUUCAAGGUGAUAAGGAAGUUGUUCUCCAGUAUUUUAAGGUGCUUACUGAUACAUUAGAACAGAAAAAAAAAUAUUUUUUGGCAGCUCUUUGUGAUGUUGGCAAGAUGAUUAAUCAAGAAUACACUCCGCAGAUUCAAAGAAUGAAGGAGCUAAGGGAACAACAACUUGAGUUAAUGGCAAUAACGACAUCUUUACAAGAUGAGUCUCCACUUAAAUUUCUGGAAAAAAUUGAUGAUGUCCGCCAACGUGUGCAGAUGUUGAAACAGAGACCACUUCCUGAGGUCCAGCCUGUUGAAAUUUAUCCUCGAGUAAGCAAUGUAUUAAAAGAAGAGUGGAGCAGAACAGAAAUUGGACGUAUUCAGAAAGCUGUUAUUCCUGAAAUGAGAGUUUCUUCAAAAAGAACGCCAUGUUCCAGGUCUGAUAAUGAUGAAAAAGAAAUGGAACUUUAUAAAAUUUUAAACAUUGCUAUAGUUUCACUCAUUUCAGUGAUACUAAUGUUGAUACUCUUUUUCAACCAUCACAUAAUAACCUUCUUAAAUGAAAUCACUUCAAUAUGUUUCUCUGAAGUCUUUCUCUCUGUUUACCAAAGUUUAUCUAAGAACUUAUAUGACUUAAACAAUACAGUGUGCUACACUUUAUAUUUGUUAAAGGAAUUUAUGUGGAAAAUAGUUUCUCAUUGAAAACCUAGAAUUUCCAGUUUUAUGUGGGCUUCUGUAUAAUAGAGGCUAAGCUUUGAUUGCUAGAUGGAAAGUCAGGGUGGCAUAAACAGCACAUCAACCUGUUACAACAUCUUACAACAGAUGUACAGAAAUACAAUAAACUUCCCAUGCUUGGCUACAAGUGCUGUCAGAAAUGAGACAUUAUCUGAAAGAUGACUAAAAUCAAAUUAGAAGAUGACAACUUUUGGGUUGAAUAUUAACACCCUACCCUGUUUUUAUUGGCUUACUCAUCAAUGUUUUAUUCUGAUUAAUAGGACUUUAACUGUUACAUGUUAUAGUGGCUAACUUUGCAGUUCUUUGUAUAUGUAGAUGUAAGAUUUUAAAAAAAUGACAAGAUCCUUGAGGUCCACAAGCCUAUUUUGAUGAUUUGAAGCUUUUCAAAGCACAGAUGGAGAUGAUGUAUAAGUUGUUUUAAAAAUCUAGGCCAGGAUUGUUUAAACAUAUUUUUUGGUCAAGUCUAUUAAUAGGCUUAGGAGCAGUCAUCCCAAGUAGCACUGCUUGCUGCUUAUGGAUAAAUAACUUGUCUAGUACACUGAUUAAUUCAUCCUUGGUAUCAGUGAGGUCUCAAAAACCCACUGAUCAAAAAGUGCCUUGACUGCUGGCUCCAGCACCACAAAGCAAACCAAGUACACAUUUUGAUUUUGUAGUAUUUUAGUCGUUUUUAUAUGAAAACUAUACGAACCAUGUACAUUGACAAUCAUAUUGAUGUGAUUCAUUUAAUAGAUUCAGUAUCAUGUAAACUAUAUAUAUCUUAAAAUGGUCUCAUCCUGUAGCUCAAGUACUGGGAUUAAAAGUAUGAGUUGCUGCUGUACCUGUUUAGUCUUGUUUGUGUGUGUGUGUGUGUGUGUGUGUUUAGUCUUAAAAGAGGAUAUUAAGUCAGAACCUUUACUUUUGCUUCCUUGAUAUGGACGCCAUGAUGCAUGUGGUAGAACUUUUGGUUCACAACCAUUGAAAUUUCCAACACAAUGCUUUCCAGAAACCCCAUGAGGUGCUCUUGAAUGGGGACCUUAUUUCAAAUAAAAGCUGUGUUUAUUAAGGUCAAAAUAACACUGACAAGUUUUGUCACUAAGUCAUUAGGUCUGCUUAUCAGACUCAAAAUCUAGCAAAAUGUAACUAAUGAAGGUGAGGGGGAAUAGUGUAAACAUUAGCAAGUGAAGAACACUGGAAUAUUUUUCAAGGGGUUACUAACUUCUUUGUAGAGAUGAGGAAACAAAUGAAGUGCCAGUGUUAGCAGGUGGGAAAGCUCAUUCUAUUAUGCUUAAAAUAACUUGAGUAGGCUGAUCUAUGCAAUUAACCGAAACUUUUAUUUCAA